UUCUUCUUUUCUUUUACUUAGAAUGGACAGUAAUAUUUACAUGGUGCGCUUCAUGCCUCUAUCCAAUCAAUGUUCUGACUAUAAUGAGCAGAUUCUGGGUUUUCAAGUGCAUAUUUCAGUGAAGUAAAUUUUGGGUUUUUAAGUGCAUAUUUCAGUGAAGUAAUAAAACAGUACUGUCAUAUUUAUUACUCUAGCAUCGCAUCAUGGAUUGGACCAGUUUCUUGUAAUUAAUUUGAAAUAACAACUCGCUCAACUGAGGGCGCCAUGGUUACAAAAUACAGCCUGCAUGUGUGGGUGGAAGUUCUAAUCAAAACAAGCCAACCAUCAACUAAUCCAUGAUAAUGCUCAGUUGCUGAGCCGCAUAUCCUACAUCAUAGCAUAUAAUCUGCGUGCCAAAUGCCUUUAUGACAAGACGACGAAGUAAGUAUAUGUAGCUUUAUGACAAGAUAGUGCUGGUUUAACAUGAGUUUCUAUUAUCUCCUAUAACUAAGGUGUGCACUUCAUAUUGUAGAUCAUAGACGCAUACAUACAUUGCAUAAGUGCUAAAGAGCAUCUACAGAUGAGGUCAGGUGGAAGUGUGUUCUUAGAGAAUGCACACAUGUCUAAGAUGAUAAAGGAAUUUAGCUGUAUACAAUUUGAAGCACCAAGAUGGGUAUUAAAGAGAGCUACAACUUAUUUGGACAUGUAAACAUUGAAGACUUUCAUUGGUACCUAGCAGUUAUAAAUACAAGGGUGUGAUGCAUCCAGGUGGUCGACUCACUAGGCACAGGAAUUCACCGCAAAGACCUCACUAAUAUGCUGGAAGGACUGGAAAGUGUAUUCAAAUUUGCAUCGGUUCACAUCGAACUAAAAUCAGAUAAGUGGAAGGACCUAGACAUUUCAACAUGGCCAAGGCAAGAGCGUAUUAAGAGCACACUGCAGACAAAUGGUUUUGUAAUUAUGCAGGUCAUCCUGUGGUCUAUGGAUGUUAAAUUUUAUAGAGUACUUCACUGGACAUAUUUUGUCCGACACACCUACCCAGGUAUAUUUUGCUAUGUAUCAUUAACACUUUAAAAAAUACAAUUUGAGUGGCAUGACAACAUUUUGUACCUAUUUGAUUUUUUUUAUAAAAAUUAUUUUAGUAGUAUAUCAUGUGAAUUCACUUGAUAAACGUUUAAGACGUGCGUUUGCACGUGCACGUUUACUAGUUGCAGGAAAUUAUCAUUUCUUGCUUACCACAUUCGUCUCCCCACCCCCCUAUUAAUACUGCACCAGCAGCAGAGGAGGCCAUUAGCAAGCGACGGGGUGUCGAGCUACUACUCAGAAGAAGAGUUAGGACACAAUGACGGGUACGACAUGGCGGGCACUGUUGCUCCUUGGCGUCGUCCUGACGGCGCAGCUCUGCCCGUGCACGGCGUACGUCGGCGGCGGGUUUAGUGUGGAGUUCAUCCACCGGGACUCUCCCAAGUCGCCGCUCCAUGACCCGUCGCUCACCUCGCACGACCGCGUGCUUGCCGCCGUGCGGCGUUCCACGGAGCGCUCGUACACCGUCGGCGAUCCUUCCGGCGGCGUGGCCGAGAUCAGGUCCAGUCCGUACGAAUACCUGAUUUACGUCAACAUCGGCACGCCGCGCACCCGGAUGCUCGCCAUCGUCAACACCGGCAGCAACCUCGUGUCGUUCAAAUGCAUCAACGGAACCUCCGGCCCUCCGCCAGCCGCCGGGGGGUCGCCGUUGAGCUACGUGUUCGACACCUCCUCCUCGUCAUCCUACGGCUUCGUGGCCUGCCGGUUGCCCUCGUGCCACGCGGUCCGUGGCGCCUCCUGCGACGCCAACUCCCACUGCCAGUACCACUUCUCCUCCGGUGACGGCUCCACGACGGACGGCAUCCUCUCCACCGAGACCUUCAUCUUCGACGACGCUCCCGGCGGCUGUGUUGGAUGCCGCGAACGUCCGCAGCUGCAACUGACCAGAGUCAACUUCGGCUGCAACACGAACACGACCGGCGGCAGCCCGUUCCUCUUGACCGGCAACGUCGGCCUCGGCGCCGGGAACCUCUCCCUCAUCGACCAGAUCGGCACCCAGACAUCGCUCGGCCGGAGGUUCUCGUACUGCCUCGCGCCCUUCUCCAUCAACGCCUCCUCCAUCAUCAACUUCGGCGCCCGCGCCACCGUGAAGGAGCCGGGCGCGGUGACCACGCCGCUGAUCCCCUCGGCCGUGGACGCUUUCUACACCAUCCUGCUCACGUCCGUCAAGAUCGGGAGCUCGACCAUCGUACCGCCGAAGCGGUCGCCCGUCGUCGUCGACUGGCACGGCACUGACGUUCCUCGACAAGGCGCUGCUGGACCCGAUCGUGGAGGAGCUCACCAAGAGCAUCAAGCUCCAGCGGAAGCAGUCGCCGGAGAAGCUGCUGGACCUGUGCUACGAGGUGGGCGGUACGAUUCAGGACUGGGUGCUGGAGAAGCUUUUCCCGGAGGUGACGCUGGGGUUUGGCGGCGGCGCCGUGAUCACCCUGAAGGUGAAGAACGCGUUCGUACAGCCGCAGCCGGGGACCGUGUGCUUGGCCAUGUCCGCGGCGACGGACAAUGUGGCGGUCAUCGGUAACAUCGCGCAGCAGAACUUCUGGCUCGGCUUCGACCUGGACAAGGGCGCCAUCACCUUCGCCGCUGCCGACUGCGCCAAAUCCUACCCCUCUCCUCCCGCCUCUAAUCACCAUGAGUAGAUAUAGCUAAUCACCAUGAGUAGAUAUAGCUAAUAACCAUGUAAUAACUAGGAUUAUCGAAUAACUACGUCUAAUGUUUUGCCAUGCAUGAUGCAUCUAUGCAUGCAUGCGUUGAUGUGCCUCGUUGUCUGGGAAAUUGGACCACGAAUGCAACAUGUAAUUUCAUCUCCAAAACUGCUUUGCAGACGAUGCAUGACCUGCACGACGGGAGUGCUGGCUGU